CAAAUUUUCUUCUUCUCCUCCUACAGUCCUACUCCAUGGACAGUGGCAACUACGUUCUCAGCGACUCGUUCAAUGGCGUUCUCUGCAUCCACCAAGAUUCGUAGAGCCUUCUCCUCUUCCUCUCAAUUCCGCCACGACAACCUUCUUUCUUCUUCACCCAACAAUCUCAAUGCCAAAACCAACAACAACUUCGAGGAAGCCAUUAAUGCCUUAUGUCAACAAAAACGCCUCAAGGAAGCCGUUGACUUGCUCCACCACGUUGACCGACCCUCCCCUCGUCUCUACUCCACCCUCAUUGCUGCUUGCGUUCGCCAUCGAGCUCUUGAACAAGGCAGAAGAGUCCAUGCUCUCACAAAAUCAUCUAAUUUCAUUCCUGGGAUUUUCAUUUCCAAUCGUUUGCUUGACUUGUAUGCCAAAUGUGGGAGUUUAGCGGAUGCUCAGAGGCUGUUUGAUGAAAUGGGUGAUAGAGAUUUGUGUUCCUGGAAUACUAUGAUAGCUGGUUAUGCUAAGCUUGGCUGGCUUGAACAAGCUCGGAAGCUGUUUGAUGAAAUGCCUCGCAGGGAUCAUUUUUCUUGGAAUGCUGCUAUAUCGGGUUAUGUUAGCCAUGGUCGACCUCGGGAGGCUUUGGAGAUGUUUAGGAUGAUGCAGAAGCAUGAGAGUUCGAAUUCGAAUAAGUUUACCUUGUCCAGUGGUUUGGCUGCUGCAGCUGCUAUUCCGUGUUUGCGUCUCGGGAAAGAAAUUCACGGUUACUUGGUACGGGCUGGGUUGGACUUGGAUGAGGUGGUUUGGAGUGCUCUUUUGGAUUUGUAUGGCAAGUGUGGGAGUUUAGAUGAAGCUAGGGGUAUUUUUGACCAGAUGGUGGACAAGGAUGUUGUUUCAUGGACUACCAUGAUUCAUAGAUGCUUUGAAGAUGGAAGAAGGGAAGAAGGAUUUUCCUUGUUCAGAGACUUGAUGGGGUCAGGUGUUAGACCAAAUGAGUAUACCUUUACUGGAGUUUUAAAGGCAUGUGCUGACCAUGCUGCUGAGCACCUGGGAAAGGAGGUUCAUGGGUACAUGAUGCGUGUAGGGUAUGACCCGGGUUCUUUUGCUGGGAGUGCCCUUGUUGAUUUGUACUCAAAGUGUGGGAACACUAAAAUUGCUAGCAGGGUGUUCAACCAGAUACCUCGGCCAGAUUUGGUAUCAUGGACUUCUCUAAUUGGUGGGUUUGCUCAGAAUGGACAACCGGACCGGGCACUCCAUUUCUUUGAAUUACUACUGAAAUCAGGUACAAAGCCAGAUCAAAUUACCUUCGUUGGGGUUCUUUCUGCUUGUACUCAUGCCGGAUUAGUAGAUAAAGGGUUAGAGUAUUUUCAUUCAAUAAAGGAGAAACAUGGAUUGAUGCACACUGCAGAUCAUUAUGCAUGUGUUAUUGAUUUAUUGGCACGUUCUGGCCGGUUCAAUGAGGCAGAGAAUAUCAUUGAUAAUAUGUCCAUAAAGCCUGAUAAAUUCCUUUGGGCAUCCUUACUUGGAGGAUGUAGAAUACACGGGAACAUUGAACUGGCUAAGAGAGCAGCAAAUGCAUUAUUUGAGAUAGAGCCUGAGAAUCCAGCUACCUAUAUCACUCUGGCUAAUAUUUAUGCUAAUGCUGGUCAGUGGGCUGAGGAAGCCAAGGUUAGAAAGGAUAUGGAAAUUAGGGGAAUAGUGAAGAAGCCAGGUAAGAGCUGGAUUGAAAUUAAAAGACAAGUGCAUGUGUUCUUAGUAGGAGACACAUCCCACCCCAAAAUAAGAGAUAUACAUGAAUUCUUAGGUGAACUGUCGAAGAAAAUGAAGGAAGAAGGCUAUGUUCCGGAUACAAACUUUGUGCUACAUGAUGUGGAGGAGGAGCAAAAAGAGCAAAACCUCUUUUACCACAGUGAGAAGCUUGCUGUUGCCUUUGGGAUCAUUUCAACUCCACCAGGAACUCCAAUCAAGGUUUUUAAAAAUCUACGAACUUGUGUUGAUUGUCACACAGCCAUGAAAUAUACAUCAAAGAUUGUUCAAAGAAAAAUAAUAUUGAGAGAUUCAAAUAGGUUUCACUGUUUUGAGGAUGGAAGUUGCUCGUGCAAAGACUAUUGGUAGUACACCACAUCAACAGCCUCGCCAAGCACUGAGUGCAUUUCUAUUUAAGAGUAUAAUUUUUUAGAGAACAUGGCCUUAAACAGUUUUGUCGAUCAACUUCAUUUUCCUCCUUUCCUUUCACUUGAGUGGUGUUGCUUUGAGGCCAAAAUGUUGGAUGCCAUACUGCAAUAAGAUCUGAAAUGUUCAAUAAAGAUCAAGAACUAAGUUGUGCUGGAACAACCAUUGGGAAGCCACUGAAAAAGGGAGCUAAGGAAAGUACAUUGUACUGAUAUUUUGUACAUCUUUGGAUUAUGGAAUAACAAUAUUGCUAGGGGCCUUUAUGUUCGGAAAUACAGGACUACCUGAGACUGAGAGGCACAUGGAAAGAUGUCCUUUGUUGUCUUUAUUUGUCAAAACUGAUUUAGCUGACUUAAUAGACCAGUGAUGACUUAACAAUUUUGAUGGCAGUUUCUUUUUGGCUUUCUGCAUUGGCCUCUCGUUGGAGAAUGAUUGAGGUAGUAAUUGCUACAAACUUACAUUAAAGGUGUCAAGAUGAUAAGCACUGCUUCAAGACUGGGUUUAUUGUUCUGUUAACUUAAGCUCUGUUUGAAUUUUAGGAUAAUGAGGCCGUUUGGAUUUGUUCUUCUAAAUCCAAUUGUGUUAUCUGGUAUCCCAUUAUUGUAAUGACCCAACUUUGUGUUCUAACUGAGAUGAAAAAUGUUUGGAAUCAAAAUUGCUGAUGCAUUUAUAGAA